AUGUCAUUUUCUUUAACCGUAAGAGAAGAUAGCUGCCCUUGCUCUGUUGUGAUUGGCUACGAUGGUGGCUCAAGUUCUGUUGUUGGGGAUGCACAAGCCAUGGCUAUUUCUAAAGCUAUGCCUAUCUUUGCCUUGAGACUUGACUCGGAUGACGAGUCUGCUGAAGGAUCUUCGACUAAGGUUAUGAUUGCUAAGGAGUGGAUAGGUCAAGAUGGCGAAAUUACUUGGUUCUCGGUGCUAGGAAAACUGUUUUCAAAGCGGACUCCACAUCUAGAAGGGUUUCGUGCGGCCAUGUUUCAGGCGUGGAAGCCUAACAUGGGGAUGCGAGUUCGGGAAGUGGGGGAGAAGUCGUUUUUGUUUGAAUUUGAAGAUGGAGUUGAUAGGGACAGGGUGUUGGUUACUCAACCAUGGAAGUUCCAGAGAUCAUUGUUGCUGCUUACUGAAUUUGAUGGUCUUGAUCAGCCGGAAGACAUUGUUUUUGAUGUCUCUCCUAUAUGGGUCAGAGUUUUUGGGCUACCGCCGGGUUAUAUGACGGAUAUGAUAGGCCUAGCUAUUGGUGAAUCUCUGGGUCGGGUGCAGGAUGUGGAUAUGGAUGAUGGGAGGUACAUUCGUCUCCGAGUAGAUUUAGAUAUCUAUAAGCCGCUGCAGAAAGGGACGACGGUCACAACUCCGGAAGGCGAGGAGAAGGAGAACAAGUUCCGGUACAAGAAAACUCCUGAUCUUUGUUUUGUUUGUGGUUUUUUGACUCACCAGGAACCAGAUUGUCCGAUGGCCUUCGAGCAAAUAAGACGACAUCGCUUUUCCGUUAAGAAGUAUACAACGGAUAUUAAGGCCGAAACACCUAUUGUUACGCCUAGGGGGGGUGGGAGAUUAACCAGUCAAACUUUCUCGGUUGGGUCAGGGUCGAAUAGUAAUGCUUUCUCACUGAUCCGGAGGUCAAUUAUGGAGUGUGGUGGCUAUCGGCGAGGUGAUCAGGCCUUCUUGCCACAGACAUCGGCUACUCGGAGGUUGGAGCCAUUGUUUCGAGAUCAUGUGGAUAGUAGAGAUAUCCGGGGCAAGCAGGUGGCGCAUGGGAGGGAGGAAGUUGAGAGGUCGUGUGAGAUAAUCUCCAGGUUUCCAGAGAAGCAGUUGGAACAACGAACGACACGUUUAGAGGAUGGGGAGGUUUCAUCAAGACGUGUAGAAGUUGAGGAGCGGGGGAUUCGGAGUUUGAAUGGAGGGGUUGUUGGUAAUAGGGGACCUGUAGUGGGUGACGUGGAAGGGCAGAGUUUAGCACAUGGAAAGAAUGUGGUCAACACUGUUGGGGUGGGCCUGAAUGUAGGUGGCGUUGAAAAUUGGGCCGAGAAUACUAGUUUGGGUGUUGAGGGUUAUAGCCCAACAAUUCCAGGGAUUGGGUCUGGAGUGGCUAUUGAGGGAGUUGGGCUUAUGUCUGGGCAGGGGACUUUACCUUUGGGCCACCCUGGAGCAGUCUCCUCUUUCCCAGCUACUGGUACAUCUCAAGGAGAUAUUCGAGCUAUCCUUGCUAAUUUGGCAGCGAGUCCGUCCUUUGUGUUUAGUGCAGGGGUGGAGACGUCGAAGGAGCAGCCUCGAAAGUGGAAGAAGUUGGCUCGUGUGGCAUCGAAGUAUGAGUCUGAUGGUCGAUGCCAGAAUCCUAGUUUCCAGCCUGGGGUGAAGCGUAGGGUGCCAGGUGGGUGUGAGAUGGAGGUUGAUGAUACUAGUAUGGCGAAACGAUCAAGGGAAUUGGAGGAGGGUGUAGCUGAAUCGGUUGGUGCUUCUGUGGCUGUGGAAGAUACGGGGAGGGAGCUGGAGGCUGACAAACAUUUACCAGCGGCAGAGACAGCAAGCGAGGCUAAAACUAAGUGUAGUAGUAGUGAGAUGGACUGGAUCCGAUCUCGGUUAGGUUUUGAUUCUUGUUUUUCUGUUCCUUGUAUUGGUCGAGUGGGUGGUCUUGCCUUGCUCUGGAUGAAUAUUGAUGUUGUUUCCCUAUUGUCUUACUCUCAUUCUCAUAUUGAUGUUAUAAUUGGUUCUGAUUCUUUGAGUUGGCACUUUACAGGUUUUUAUGGGAGACCCGAGACUAGUCAUCGCCAUGAGUCUUGGAGACUACUUCGCACUCUAAAUCGGCAGUCGGAUUUGCCAUGGUUGUGUGCUGGGGAUUUCAAUGAAAUCCGCAGCCUUGAUGAGAAAAAGGGGGGUUCGAUUCGACCUAUAUCUCAAAUGGAGGAUUUUAACUCCGUUAUUGAUGAUUGUGGUUUCCAGGAGUUACCGGUUCAAGGCCCAUUACUGUCUUGGUCUCGUCGUCAGAAUGGAGAAAUGGUUUUUGAAAGGCUAGAUCGAUGUUUGGUUACUGAGGCUUGGUGGCAGAGGUUUGGAUAUUCUGUUGAGAAGCAUCUUAUAACAAGGGCUUCAGACCACUUACCUCUUCUUAUCUUAAUUUCGGAUAAGCCGAUUAUUGAUAUUACUGUGCCCCCUUUCCGCUUUGAGAAUAUGUGGUCUUCUCAUCCUUUAUUUGCUUCGGUGGUGACUCAAUCAUGGCAGGCUUCGAAUGCUGCCAAUAUCAAUAUUAAAAUUGCUAGGUGUGGGCGCGACUUGGAGCUUUGGAACAGGAGGGUUUUUGGUAAUAUUAGGUUUAAUUUGACUAGGAAGAAGAGGGAAUAUGAGGAGUUGUAUUCCAAGGGAGAUUUGGUUGACUUGUGUCAGUUUGAGCGGUGCAAGGAUGAGUUAGACCAAUUAUAUAAGCAGGAGGAGGUUUUGUGGCGACAACGGUCUAAGGCGUUAUGGUUAAAGGAGGGGGAUCGGAAUACAAGAUAUUUCCACUCGGUAGCUUCCAUUCGUAAGCAGAGGAGAACUAUUACUGGUAUUCGGGAUGGUCAGGGUACUUGGUUUACGGAACCAGCGGCAGUUGAGAAGGUGAUUACAGCAUAUUAUGAGGAUAUUUUUUCUUCCACCAAGCCAACUGUAGAGUCAAUUAAUAAGGUAUUGGAACCCAUGGAUCAACGAUUGAAUGAGGAUAUGAGGAGCAUUUUAGAUGUUGAUUUUACUCCUGCGGAGAUCAAAGCAGCUGCAUUUCAAAUGGAGGGUGAGAAGGCUCCGGGACCUGACGGGAUGACUCCGAGAUUCUUUCAAAGUUGCUGGUCUACUGUUGGAGAGGAUGUCAUCUCUAUGUCUUUGGCUUUUUUAAACGAGGGUAAGCCUUUGCCUGACAUAAAUGAUACUAAUAUUGUUUUGAUUCCGAAAAUUAAUUCUCCAGAGUUUGUUAAAGAUUUUCGACCGAUUAGCCUUUGUAAUGUGAUUUUUAAAAUCAUUUCCAAGGCUCUUACUAAUAGGUUGAAAAAGAUUUUGCCAAUGAUUAUUGGUGAAAAUCAGAGUGCGUUUGUUCCGGAGAGAAUGAUCUUUGAUAAUGUUAUGAUCGCUUUUGAGAUGAUUCAUUUUCUUCGGAACAAGAGGCAUGGGAGAAAAUCUCAUAUGGCUUUAAAACUGGAUUUGAGCAAAGCGUAUGAUCGUGUGGAAUGGGAUUUCCUUGAAGCUUGUAUGCGAAAGAUGGGGUUCUCUGAUAUGUGGAUUUCUCGUGUUAUGAUCUGUGUGCGAAGUGUCACUUAUUCGAUUAAUGUGAAUGGGAAACAGUGUGUUAAGUUUUCUCCUCAGAGGGAUGCAGAUACUCAGGGAAUUAUACAGGGAGUGUCAGUGGCGAGGUCGACUCCUAGAGUAUCUCACCUCUUUUUUGCCGAUGACAGUAUCUUGUUUUUACGAGCAAGUAGGGGAGAUAGUGACGGUAUAUUGGGUAUUUUGAAGGAUUUUGAAGUUGCAUCAGGCCAGCAAAUAAAUAUUGAUAAGUCUUCAGUUCUGUUUAGUGCUAAUACUCCACCCCUGGUAAGAGUCUCCAUUAUGAGUCAUUUGGGUGUUCAACGAAUACUAGAGAGGGAUAAGUAUUUAGGCCUUCCAAUUAUGAUUGGAAAGUCGAAAUCUAGGGAGUUUCUGUAUAUUAAAGACCGCCUUCAACAGUGUGUUCAGAGAUGGAAUAAUAGGUUAUUCUCUAUUGCUGGGAAGGCAAUAAUGAUUCAAUCCAUAGCUCAGGCUAUUCCAGUUUAUUUGAUGAGUGUUUUUCGGUUUCCUAGAUCUUUUAUCCAUGAACUUAAUAUGGUUAUAGCUAAUUUUUGGUGGGGAAUGAAGGAUAGAAGGAAACGCAUUCAUUGGAAAUCUUGGGAAUCUCUUUGCGUUUCAAAGGCUGAUGGUGGGCUGGGGUUUCGUGAUUUUGAGGCGUUUAACCUUUCCUUGCCAUCUAAACAGUGUUGGCGGUUAAUUAAUAAUCCUUCUUCGCUUUGUUUUAGGGUGCUGCGAGCGAAAUAUUUUUCGUCUGGUCAGUUUCUAAAUACGAGGCUUGGUUCUAAUCCUUCUUUCUUGUGGCGAAGUCUACUGGCAGGCAGAGAUGUGUUGGUUGAGGGUUCUCGUUGGAGGAUUGGUCUUGGGGAUUUAGAUGUCUGGCGUGAUCGUUGGUUAAAUAAUUCCCCAUCUUACUUGCCAACGCCUCGUGAAGGUGUAGCCCAAGCACCAAUGAAAGUUGCAGACUUGAUUGAUUUUGAAGCUCGACAAUGGGAUGAAGAUAAGUUGCUCAAUUUAUUUGAGGAUGAGGAUAUAGUUCGGAUUAUGUGUCUUCCGAUCCCUAAGGCCCUAACAAGAGACUGUCUAAUCUGGAAUGAUUCUGAGUUAGGGUCUUUUUCGGUUAGAUCGGCGUAUUAUGUUGCUCGUCAGAUCCUUGGAAGGGCUGAUGGCACUCGAACUGAUAGAGUUCCAAUUUGGAACCGGCUAUGGCAUUUACUAGUUAUGCCUAAAAGAAAAUAUUUUGUUUGGAGGGUUGCUUGGAAUAUUUUACCAAUUAAGCCUGUAUUGAUUCAACGUGGUUUGCAAAUUGAGGAUAUCUGUGAUGUAUGUGGAGGACGUGAAACAUCUCUGCUGCAUAUCUUUUUCGACUGUCUAUUUAGUAAGCAGGUUUGGAGUUUUAGUUGUCCAUGGGUGGAACAGAGUGUAGCUGAUUGGGAUGGGGAAUCUGAUUUUUGGUUUUAUUUCUUAUCUAAGAGUUCUCGAUUGGGUCAGCUAGAUAGGGUGGUAAAUACCUUGUGGCUCAUUUGGCAGAAUCGAAACAAGUGCCUUUACAGCUCAACCUGUCGAUUGCCAAGGUCAGUGGAUAUUGCUGCUAUUAAUCUGUCUAAGCAAUUUCAGUUGGCUACUGCAUGUGAUAGCCAUCGGUCUUCUAUUUCUCAUGGAUCAAAGACGUGGACUGCACCACCUGUUGGAGUCAUAAAAUUAAAUGUGGAUGCUUCUUUUUCUGUUGAAACGAAUGAGGCAGGCCUUGGGGUGGUUGCUCGAGAUUCUGGAGGGGCUGUGUUGGUUAGUGCAGCUAGGCGUCUGCUGUUUGUCUCGUCUCCCUUGUAUGCUGAGGUACAUGCUUUGUUAUUUGCGUUUGAGGUGGCGUUAGAGUAUGGUUAUAACAGCUGCAUCUUGGAAAGUGAUUCUCUCAUUGCCAUUACUGGGAUUAAUAGUAGUAAGCCUUGUUGGUGGGAAGAAGGGGAACUGAUUUAUGAGAUUAGGGAAUUAGCUUUGUUAUUUGAUGAGUGUUGUUUUAUUCAUGUAAAUAGGGAGGCUAAUGUUUUGGCACAUCGGUUAGCGAGCUUGCGAAUCGAUUUUGUGCGGUGCGGGUCUUUACCACCCGACGUUUGUAACUCUAAUCUUUCUAAUUAA